AGAGAGAGAGAGAGAGAACGAGGGAGGAACAUACAGAGGAGAGAUUGUGCCGGGAUGGAGACACAGGGAUGCUGUUGCUAGGAAACAGUGAGGAGACAUCCAUCUUUUGCAGCUUACUCCACAUCCAGCAAGGUUCGGAAAGGUUUGCCUUUUAUAAAGGAGGGAAAUAAAUGCACCAUAUAUGAGAAAGAAGGAUAGAAGGAAGGGGAGGAGACGCCAGGUGAUAUGACGUAAUCUGGAGCGGGAUUAUGCGCUGGUCUGGGAACAAUUAUAAAACACAUCUGAUAGCUGCUCAAAAAGAAUCUGUAUGUUGUCAUUUCUGGAUGAUAAUGGUCAUGCACAGAUCCUGAGACGCUAAGCAUCAUCCACCCGCCCCAGACACCUCCCUUUGUCUGAGGAGAUCCACAGACGGGACCGGAUUCACCCGACAGACAGACAGACAGCAAACUGAGAGUCAGAUCUGAAGCUCCUCAUCCAGCAUGAGUGCCAUGGAUUUAAUCAAGAGCUGAGAAAUCAACAGGCCUGAAGGCGAAACGCAGAGAGAAACCAGCGCCUGCUGAGAGAAACUCCCUUCUGCUUGUGAUCAGGAGCAGAGGAUGGGAACCACUGAAGCCACUUUACGCAUGGAGAACAUGGAGGUGAAAGAUGAGUGGCAAGACGAUGAUUUCCCACGGCCUCUUCCUGAAGACGGUGAUUUAGAAGGACUCACUGACAACACUGCUCAUCGUGCCGCUCUGACGGCGGAUCACACGGAUUCGGUCAGACAGAAGCGCCGAACACUGAUUGCUCCGGAUAUCAACCUGUCGCUGGAUAAAAGCGAAGGUUCACUGCUUUCUGAUGACUUCCUGGAAACACCAGACGACCUGGACAUAAACGUGGACGACAUCGACACGCCUGACGACGACUCGCUCGGCUCCCUCAACAACGGCAACGAGCUGGAGUGGGAAGACGACACUCCGGUGGCCAGUGCGAAGGGUCCCGGCGGCGACGGGGGCGACGGUGCGGGCCGUCUGUGGAGGACAGUGAUCAUCGGCGAUCAGGAGCAAAGGAUAGACAUGCAGGUCAUCAGGCCGUACCUGCGUGUCGUCACGCAUGGAGGUUAUUACGGUGAAGGACUGAAUGCCAUCAUCGUGUUUGCUGCCUGCUAUCUGCCUGACAGCGGCUGCGCAGACUACAGUUACAUCAUGGAGAACCUCUUUCUGUAUGUGAUCAGUAGUUUAGAGCUGCUGGUAGCUGGUGGCUUGAUGAUAAUAUAUGUUAAUGUAGCUGAGUGGAGCAGAGGGGUGCAGGGGGUUGGCUGGCUUCGGCUGGCUGGCUACCAGAUGAUCGAAAGACGGUUAAGAAAGAAUCUCAAAUGUCUGAUCAUCGCACAUCCCUCCUGGUUCAUCCGGACAGUUCUGGCCAUCUUGCGGCCCUUUAUCAGUGUAAAAUUCAUGGAUAAGAUCCGUUACGUCCAGAGUCUGGAGGAACUGGCUCAGAUCGUUCCCAUGGAGCAUGUGCAGAUUCCUGAGUGCGUGCUGCAAUGUGACGAGGAGCGGAUCAAAGCACAGAGAGAAAGGCUUGAACAUCUGGCCAAGACCUCAGAGAGGUCAAAAUCUUUACAUCCAUAUAUACAGCCGCCGUCAGUGGCUGCGGAGGCCUGUCCCUGACGCGUCUCAUUGGAUACACUUCAAGGGAGGGAUUCAUCUGCGCAUGCCAUUUUCCAAAGCUGUUCAAUUGUAAAGAACAAUCUUGCGGAUGAACACAAUCAUCAUCAUCUCAAAACACAAUAAUGAUGUUUGUGACGCUCUGUCUGAAGUUUUGCGAUACACACUGACCUUUGACCGGACCGCAGCUGAGUAAGUGUGAACGAGAGGACUCUCUUUUCUUACACUUGUUUUGUUUCUGAAGAGGAACAUCUGUGCAAACUUAAACUUCUUGUGUAACAGUCAUUUGUGUUGUACAGAUGUAAAACAUGGGAUGUUUAAUACCAGCGGGAUUUUAACUUGACUUGGCAGUUUAUCCAGGUUCACCGGCCAACAGCUUCCACAAUGGGAAACGCAUUCAGCCUGUUACAUAAUGCAGCAGUUUACAGGCUUUCUGCUAUAUUGCUGUCACAAGACCUCAUUGUAUUGCAUGUUUUAUUCAACUCAUUUUAAUGCAGUUAUAUCUGAAGAUGUCUUAACCUUUGCCAGUCUAAUCAAAUGAGUCAAGAUGUUAACAAUCAUGGCUGAUAUGAUUUACUUUUCAUUCAUCACACUAGAAAUUGAAGGUCAAGUUGAGUGUGUUUCAUUGUGCAAUACAGUAUUCAUACAGAAAAUUCCAUGCACAAUAUGCAUACUGUAGAAAUAGCACUGUAGUAUGAUAUUCCCAACACAGCCGAAGUGUUGGACACAGUGAGUCGUCUGAAUUCACUGUAAGUUAUCCAUGUACAUAGACUCUUACAUGCAGCUCUACAAACUCGUGUGCUUCCAACUCAAACUUCCCAAUAUGACAUCACAGGAGGCGGAGCUUAUUUUCCCUCCCUUCAUAAUGCCUUAUGGGUACAGAGAGAGGAUUCAGUGAGUUCUCAUAACAAACGUUUCAAUAACACUUUACAGUAAGGUUCUACUUGUUAUCAUUAGUGAACUGCAUCAGUUAAAAUGAACUAAUAAUAAAAUUAACUAAAGCAUUGUAUUAAAGCACACUAAAGUUGUUCAUUUCUAUAUGGAGGAACAAACUUGCAAAAAUAAAUAAAAUAAAUAUAAAUAUAAUAAUAGAAAAAUAAAUAAAGGAAUAAUUAACUUGCUAAAACAUUUUUUUUAAAUGAUAUAAUUAAAUUUGUCCUAAAUAUCCCCUUUAUUUAUUAUGUUCUUAAUUUAUUUGUAACUGUAUUUUUAUUUUUAUAUUUAUUUAUUCCCACACAUAAGGUCCUCUGUAGAUUUCAAUACAUUAUUACAAUUAAAAAAUGUAUCCGUUAACAUUAUUUAAUGGACCUGAAUUACAUGAACUACAAAUGUUAACAAAUAUUAAUAAAUACUGAAACAAAUGAAAAGCUCUUUCUUAGUAAAUGCAUUAACUUUAAUGAGGCCUUACUGUAAAGUGUAGCAAGCAUCUCUAAUAUUUUUCAGCUCGACACAGCGGCGUGACUAAUUUCACAAUAACAGCAAUAAACAUGCCAUUUUUAUUUAGCAAAUUCAUUUAGCGUCAUCGUUGCACUGGAUUUUGCAGUGAUGUACAAGAUUGACCAAUCAGCAUAGACGUGCUCAUAAUGUAUUCUGAAGGGACAUUAUCAGACUGUAUAACAGUGUACUGUGUGUAAAUCAUUUGUAUCAUAGGAUGUGCAAUAAGUGAAUGAGUUGCUAACAUUGAUGAUGUGAUAAUUAAUAAAAGGUAAAUUUAACUGUCAA